CAAAGAGAAAUCCCUCUCUCUUUUCAUCUCGGGUUGUAAAGGCGUAAACCCUUGCGCGCUCUCUCUGUGUCUCUCUCUCGUCUAAAAUACUAAAACUCAGAACCCAAAAACCCUAACCCUAAAGUCAAUGACGGACUCUGUAGUUUCGGUUGAGAAGCUGAAAGCUUUCGUGCAUUCUCAGUACUAUGAUGAGGAGAAGUGGGCCCUCAACUCGAAAUUGCUGCGUGCUGUUGGGCUAUUUGCAGGAUCAAUUUUCUUGAUGCGAAACUAUGGUGAUCUUAUGGCAAUAUGAGGGUGGAUGUAGGGCUGAUACCAUACUCAUAUUUUCUGAUGAACUAAGUCGUUGUUGGUUCUUUCUUAGUAAUUAAUACUUUUGGACUGGAGAGUUGUUGUUUCUUCAAUGAAUUGAACAAUAAUAAGCUUUCCUGUUUUGCAGUUAUGCCGA